GCGUGGAUUUGUUAAAUAUUUCAGAUGAUUAUGUAUACUAUGUAUACGUAGAGGUACAUAUAUUCUACAAUACAUCGUCUUAAAAAAAUAAAAACAUUCCGAAUUUACCUAAUACUCGCUACCCGCUAGUUACAUUUUAUAAGUUACCUUACCUAUAUCUCUCGAACUAUACUUCAAAUACUUCAAAAUGACACAAUGUCCGGGUCAAAUCAGGACAGAACAAAGCGUGUUGAUCUUAGCAUCAACCGCUUAAUUGCCCAACUUAUACCAGACGAUCCACGAUUGAGCGAUGAAGAUGCACAGGAAAGACAUGAUUUAUAUUUUGACGAGAUUAAACAGCAACUAAAUCAACCACGACCACCUCCCUUAGCCGACCAGAAUCAUGCAUCCGAACUUAUCAGAAGAAGGUUGGUUCAAACGAACCCGAGCCAGGCCCUUCGCUACUCCAAUCUUUACUCGAGGUUGCUGGCGCUGCCUGUCCUGACCCAAAAAUGGGCUAUGCUCUACCUCCUGUAUCAAUUGGCCGACUCGCCCGAUCCGACAGAACCAGAUCCCGUCGCCUUUGCCGAAUUUCAGCAGGAGCAGGCCAAGCGGAGGAAACGAGAGGAAAGAGAAGAGGCAGCCCUAGGUGGUCCUUCCAACCAAGAAAGUUCCGAAGUGUAUAGGCGGGAGCAAAGCUCGGACGAGUACCAUCCCACCGAGCUUCGAGACGUACUUAAGAAUCCAAAAGAUAUGAAGUCCCACGAUAGCGACUCUCAGCGACCCUCGACUGCCGGUGAAUACAGACGCGCCAGAGCUGCCAGAGAGGAGACUCCAAGCCCUGCCAAGAGAGAAGUUGCUAUAAAAUCUAAGCUGCUGGCUGAUAAUUAUUUCGAUAUCGACCCUUCAGAGCCGGCUCUCUUACGAGAUAUCCCCUACACCCUCCAAGGCCUUUCCUCAACUACUCUCCCGUUUGGGAAAGAUGAUUCCCUGAAGUUACCUGCUACCCUUCCGCCACCCCUAAUCGGACUUCUUCAUACACUCGCCGAACCAUCUUUACUCUACCGCACUCUCGAGGAAUUCGUCAAGACGCCCGCGAAGGGCCUUUUGGGUCAAAGUCUCCGUGCCGCUAUCAGCGAUGAGUUACGCUCGUAUCUAACGCUCGUCGCGACGUUGGAAGGUCAAAUUCGGCGUGCAUUGUCUACUAUUGACGAAAAUGCGCCACGAAAUGGCAUUGGCAAGGCCGGUGUGACCUUAAAACGUUGCGUCGUAUGGACUCGCGAAGCCACCAUGGGUCUACGACUCAUGAGUAUGAUUGCCGAAGAGUCUAAAAGCAAGAAAGGUGGCCAACUCAUCACUUUAAUUCAUUCAUUAUCCUCGUCGCAUGGUGAUCCUAUAGUAGGCGCCUUCGCUGAGCGUCUCCUAAUGCCUAUUACUCGUCCUUUCUAUGACAUAUUAAGGCAAUGGAUAUACAACGGAGAGCUCUCAGACCCAUAUCUCGAGUUCUUCGUGCAGGAGCAGUCGGUAGAAGCUAUGCCUAAGGGCAAGUCGGGAUCUAUUAACGUUUGGGAAGAUAAAUACAUAUUAGCGGCAGAUAUGGUCCCUUCUAUCAUCACAAACGAGUUCGCUGAGAAGGUCUUUCUCAUCGGUAAAUCUCUCAACUUCAUCCAUAAUAGCUGCGGCGAUGCGCAGUGGGUCGAGUCGUACUCUAAGGAGUCCUCUAGGGAGUUACGCUACGGUGACACGGCCACUUUGGAAACAUGGGUUGAUGAAGCAUAUAAAACUACAAUGCGUCGACUACUGCAUCUUAUGACGAACAAAUUCCACCUCUUUGAGCACCUCCAAGCACUCAAGGACUAUAUCCUCUUAGGGCAGGGCGACUUCAUCUCCCUCCUAAUGGAGUCUCUCGCUGCGAACCUCGACCGCCCAGCAGGCGCUCAGUAUAGGCACACCCUGACAGCUCAGUUAGAGCAUGCCAUUCGCGGGUCCAAUGCGCAGUAUGACUCCCAAGAGGUUUUACGCCGCCUCGAUGCACGUAUGCUGCAGCUCUCUCACGGUGAUAUCGGCUGGGACUGCUUCACGCUGGAGUAUAAAAUCGACGCACCUGUCGAUGUGGUCGUGUCCGACUGGGGCAACCGUCAGUAUCUCAAGGUGUUCAACUUCCUAUGGCGCAUCAAGCGCGUCGAAUUCGCACUCUCAUCUACCUGGCGAAAAGUCACCACAGGCUCUCGCGGCGUCCUGCAGACAGACCACCCCGCGGUCCGCCAGGCCUGGAAAACCACUCGGGGUUUUCUCGCCGAGAUGGUCCACUUUGUCGGCCAGCUCCAAUACUACAUCCUGUUUGAAGUCAUCGAAAGUUCUUGGACAGAGCUCCAGGAAAAACUACACAAGGAGGAUGCUACCCUCGACGACGUCAUUACCGCCCAUUCGAAUUACCUCAACUCUAUCACUCAUAAGGGUCUUCUGGGUGCCCGCCGCCGCCGCUUCGCCGGCUCAAACGCCGGCACGUCCACGUCCGCAUCUACCUCCGCGGCGGGCGCCGCAGGCGCAGCGCCCGUCGAAGAAGACGACAACAGCUACAUGAUCCAGCUGGGGGAGCUCCUGCGCACGAUGCUCGCGUACCGCGAGUGCGUCGACGGCUUGUACUCGUGGUCCGUGUCGGACUUCACCCAGCGCCAGGAGGCGGAUCUCCGACACACAACUCCUCCCCCUCCGCCCGAAGACCCGGCCUCCUCCGUCCCGGGGGGUCCGCAUAGCGAGUUCCCCGCGCUCAGGGAGCGCCUGCGCCACCUCGGUGACCGCUUCCGAGCGAAGCUCCAGAUCCUCCUCGGCGACCUCGCGUACCAGGCCGACGUCGACCUCCGCUUCCUCGGCGUCGCGAUGAAUUUUAACGAUGUUUAUCAGCCCGUGCGCCGCAAACCCAAGGGCCCGCCGGUGCCGGGGACCGCGCAGUCGAGUAAGAGCGGCGGUGGCGCUGGGAAAGAUGGUGAGGCGGGAGUUACUGCUGGGGCUGGGGCUGGGGCUGGAAUUGGAACUGGGGCUACUGGGACUGGGAAGGGGGUUAAAGGGUGAUGAUUAUGAGUGAGUGGGUUGUUGUGGUUGUUGGUUGGUAGUAUCUGUUCGAGGGAUAGUAUCUUCAAAGCUACCAAUAAUAAAGUUUGUAUCGAGCUAAAAGCUACGAGGCGUAUUAUGUCUUUCUAUACACUUUUCUGAAUGUCCUAGCCUCUUUGGUUUUCGCAAGAACAUCAUGGAAUCAGUGUCACCGGCACACGUGAAGCAUAGUACAUGUAUUAGAGCUGGUUCCGGGUCAUGCCAUGCCUCACAAUGGCGAAUAAGCUUUUUUUUUUCCUUAGGGCUAGUCGUCCGAUCAUGAUAAUAGAUAGGGGUUGUGAAUGAUAAGACGCGAAUAGUUUCA